CGCUGAUUGGCCGCCGCGGCCGCCCGUCACGGCGGGACUGAGGGGAGGGAGGUGAAGGAGAGCGAGCGGAGCCGAGCGGAUCGCGGGCCCCGGGCGGCGGUUAUUAUUCAAAAUCAGCGGCGGAAUGCCGCCGAGGAAGAAGAGAAAGCAGAGCAGAGAGUCAGCCGGAGGACCCGCCACUCCGAGAGAGGCCGUCUCCCCAAUGUAGACGCGGAGUCUCUCCCUGGGACGGCCCGGAAACGGACAGACGACGAAGGACAGACACAGAUCGAGUUGAAAGGAAGGAUUAUUCCCACCCACCUGUCGGACUUCACCCCCGUCCGUCCAGGAUAGUCGGACCUGCGGAGGGGAUCGGCAAAGCGGUUCGGACACUGCCUUUAUUUCCCGUGGCAGCAAGGGGGUGAGGGGCCUGGCGGGGGCCCCCAGAGUCCCGUAGGAGGCACUCGUUUGGCACUGAGCUCGGGAGCCUGCACCCGUCGCCCUCCGAGAGGGGAUCCCCUUCCCCACCCCCCCACCCCUGCUUGAUGGAUGUUGGCUGAUUGGUCUCGAUCCUACUGCUUUCCAGAGGAACACAGGCAAAGCUAAUCGACAAAGAGGACAGAGGUGGGGGGGUGGCGCGGGGGAGCAGAGUGACGCGUCUUUACCCCACUCCACUGAGGCAUCGCACCCGGAACCAGGAUCUCCGCGUGCGGACCGCCGACAGGAUUCAUCAAGUGGCAUUAAAACCCCUUUUACUCUCGAGAGCCCUUGCCUCUCCACCGGAUCCAGCAAUCUUCCUCACCAGAUCCCUGCUUUCUUUAUCCCACGUUCCCCUCCCCCCUUCCGGUUCCUUUCCCAGAAAAAAAUUCCUCCCUUUGCUCAUUUGAGUUAACUCAUCCCCACCCUCCUGCCCAAAGCUCUCUGCCACCUCUGCAGAUCCCGGUCUGGAUCUGAGAGCCACUACUGUAAAUAGCCUGUGUAGUAAUUUGCACUUCGAUUCCUCCUGGCCAGUAAAUCGUUGAGCCCCACUCAGACCCCACGCAGACUGCUGUUAAUCACCUCAGGUUUAACGGUUUUAACUACACCCUAUCCUGGACAGCUGAGCCAAGGUCUGUUAUACAAGUUCUCCCCCGACACCACUCUUUCUCCCUCCCUCCCUCCCAGUUCUCUCUCCCACCUGUCGAAACGGAACAGGUUCCUGCCCCAAACCCAGCCAAGUCCUGCCCAGCACCGGGAAGGGUUCAGCGAGGAGGCGGCAGGUAUCCGUCUCAGGGACUUGCAUCUCCUCCUCUCUCUGCCCUCGUCUUUUGAGGCCUUGACGCCACUCCCCUCCCCCUCCCCGCCCCAUCACCCCUCCCCUCACACACAGGAGCGACUCUCUCCCCUCCCUCCCUUCCCUUCCCCCUCGUUCCCCACCUGCACUGUGACCCUGCUAUGCUGCUGAGGGAGUCCGGAGCCAGAGCAAUAUGCCAUCGGGAACAGAGGGGAGCUUCAAACCCAGCAAGUACAUCCCGGUGUCAGCCGCCGCCACCUUCCUCGUGGGCUCCACGUCUCUCUUCUUCGUCUUCCCGUGCCCGUGGCUCAGCCAGACCUUCUCCCCAGCCAUCCCCGUCUACAACGUGAUCAUCUUCCUCUUCGUCCUGGCAAACUUCAGCAUGGCCACGUUCAUGGACCCCGGCAUCUUUCCCCGAGCCGAGGAGGACGAGGACAAGGACGACGAUUUCCGGGCCCCCCUCUACAAGAACGUGGAGAUCAAGGGCAUCCAGGUGCGCAUGAAGUGGUGCUCCACCUGCCGCUUCUAUCGGCCCCCUCGCUGUUCGCACUGCAGCGUCUGUGACAACUGUGUCGAGGAGUUUGACCACCACUGCCCCUGGGUGAACAACUGCAUCGGACGGCGCAACUACCGCUACUUCUUCCUCUUCCUCGUGUCGCUCACCACCCACAUCAUCGGCGUCUUCUCCUUCGCUCUGCUCUACCUCCUGUUCCACCUGGACAGGCUGUCCACCGUGCACACCGCCGUCACUAUGGCCGUGAUGUGUGUAGCCGGACUGUUCUUCAUCCCCGUGGCCGGUCUCACCGGCUUCCAUGUCGUCCUGGUUGCCCGGGGUCGGACCACCAACGAGCAGGUCACGGGUAAAUUCAGGGGGGGAGUCAAUCCUUUCACCCAGGGCUGUUGGAGAAACAUCUCUUAUGUACUCUGCAGUUCACAGGCACCCAGAUAUAUUUCCCGGGAGAAGAGGGAGUACCAGGUCCCGGUGCAGACACCGUUUCUGCGGCCCACAGUCUCCGACACCGAGGUCACCAUGAAGCUGAUGGACAACGGCAUCCAGACCAGCCUCACACGGACCCGGUCGAGGGGAAGCCUGGUGGUGCUGGAGAGCCAGUCCACGGAUAUCGAGCCUCCUCCGCCUCCAAAACCAGACCUCAACCGGUAUUCCGGGCUGCGGACUCAUCUGUCGCUGGCAACCAGUGAGGAGAGCAGCCUCCUCCACCGAGCGGAGAAUCCUCCGACUCCCACAAUGUACAAGUACCGGCCAGCUUACGGCAGCCCCGGACGCAACCACGUCGCCCUGACGCACUCUGCCAGCGACAAGGUUUCUCCAGCAGAUCUCUCCCCGGAUCCAGCCGCCGCUGAGGGAGCAGGCAGCUGCAGCCUGCGCUCCGAGGGGCCGACCUCCCCCACCCUGUACGGCAGCCUGCCACUGGAGCCGGCGUCUGAGGGCUCCCGCUCCUCCUGCAGCCUCCGCUCGGUGCCGGGAACGGGGGAUGGGGCCGGCGCGGGUCCCGGGCCCGACGAGGGCACCACCUCCACCUCCUACAAGAGCCUGGGUGAGCCCACCCACGAAUACAGCCCCUCCCUGGACAGCCUCCCGCCCACCAGCCCCGAAUCCGAGGCUCCCGGCUACCACUCGCCCUUCCUGUCCGCCCGGCUGGCCAUGCAGCGGGAGGCCGACCUUCUGGCCCGCUGCCCCCGGGAGCGCGAGGGGCUUCUGUCCCAGGCCCCGGUCCAGGCGCGGGGCCGAGAGGAGACGCGGCGCCGGGCACCCUCCUCUCCCCCUCACCGGCCCGGCUUCCCGGGGCCGGCCCCUCGCCCCUUCCGUCCUGUCUCACCUCCCGGGCCCCAGCCACUGCAGGGCAAGACGUCCCGGGGCCCAGCCUUCCCACGGCAGACAGAGGACAUCGAGGGAGCCGGGUCUACACACCCUCUCCUGCCUCCCAGGGACGAGGUGCAGAUAAAAGCGACCCACGUCCGGAGCAAUGGGCAGCCCCGGCUCCUGAGUAAGUCCGAGCCACGACGCACGUCGCCGCCCCCCGCCCCAGGCACCUCCGGCGGAGUGACCCUGAGUCCCAACAAGGGGGUGAAGAAGGUGUCAGGCGUCGGAGGAACCACCUACGAGAUCUCGGUGUGAGGCUGGGGAGGGGGCGACCGGAAUGGAGCCGUAUCAGACUGGAUGGAGGACAACGUGAGGGAGCGGGGGGAACGUGGGCUCCCAGGAAUCCCACACAAACUGUCAGCGUCUCUCUUUCCCCUGCCAUGGAUUUGGAUUUUAACCCAACCUGGGUCAGCGCCGCGGACACCAUUGUGCAGAGAAAUUAACUGGGGAGCAGAGGACUGUAAUAGCAGCAGCCUUCUCCACGCCGGGACUGGACAGUGGCAAGGGGAAUACUCCGCAUGUGUCCGGCUGCCUCGCGCUCCUUCCCUCCUACCCCCCUCUCCUGCCCUCUUCUGUGGACUCCAUCGUCUGCUCCUCCAGCCCCCUGUGUCUGGUCCCUGCUCUCUGUGGCUGAAUCCUCCCUCUCUGCUCCUCAUCUUUUUUUCUCCCUCGACCCCCCCUCCACCUUCCCCCUCCCUUACUCUCUCCCACCCAUCCACCCAUUCCCUCCUCCCUUCUGAACUGUGAGUUGGAUUGGUGACAAGUGGACGUUGUGCAAUUGCGUUCAGCUGGGGUGUGGCCUCCCGUGAUACAGGGCCUCUCCUUCGAUCCACCGGAGCCGCGAGCAAGACAGAGACUUUUGCAAAAAAAAACUUAAGAAACAAAUGUUUUUUUAUAUAUAAUUAAAGGGAUU